AUCUCCCCUUCCUUUUCUGUUAGCCGUUUCACUGAUACUUUCCCCUUCACUUUCACUUCGCACUUCUCCCACUGCUCUGUCUCUCUGCUCAGCAAUAGCAAUGGGGGUUUUUCUACGCCUCUUCCUCUUCUCUCUCUUCUUCACAUCCAUCUACGCCCACAACAUUACCGAAAUCCUAUCCGCAUUUCCGGAAUACAGCGAGUACAACAAGUUCCUCACCGACACAAAACUCGCCGACGAAAUCAACAGUCGCGAGACCAUCACUGUCCUCGUCUUAACCAACUCCGCCAUGGAUUCCCUCGCUGCCAAGCAUCCCCUUUCCGUUGUCAAAAAAGCCUUGUCCCUCCACGUCGUCCUCGACUACUACGACGCCGGCAAGCUCCACGACAUCUCUAACGGCACCACUCUCUCCACCACAUUGUACCAAACCACCGGAAAUGCCCCUGGAAAUCAGGGUUUCGUCAACAUCACUGACCUCAAAGGUGGAAAAGUCGGCUUCGGCUCCGCUGUUCCUGGCUCCAAGCUUGACUCCACUUAUACUAAAUCCGUUAAGCAGAUUCCUUACAAUAUUUCUGUCAUUGAGAUCAGCGCGCCGAUUAUUGCCCCCGGGGUUUUAACUGCUCCAGCGCCGUCUGCUUCCGACGCCAACAUUACUGCUUUGCUGGAAAAAGCUGGCUGCAAGACUUUUGCUAAUUUGAUUGUCCAGACUGGCGUUCUUAAGACUUAUCAGGCGGCGGCUGGUAAAGGAUUGACGAUUUUUGCGCCGUCUGAUGAGGCCUUCAAGGCGGCGAAACUGCCAGAUCUGAGCAAACUCACUAGCGCUGAGCUGGAUUCCUUGUGUCUUUAUCAUGCUCUCGGGAGUUACGAUCCCACUGGGUCAUUGAAGGCUCAGAAGGGUUCGUUACCGACAUUGGCGACGAACGGAGCUUUCAAGUAUGAAUUGAGCGUUUCGAGUGCAGGUGACACGGUAACCCUCGACACGGGAGUGGACUCAUCGCGACUCGCUUCCACUGUGCUUGAUACGCCUCCGGUCUGCAUUUUCACCGUUGACAGUUUGCUUCUUCCGUCGGAGCUUUUCGGAAAGUCUCCUUCUCCGGCUCCUGGACCUGCACCGGAGACCUCUCCUUCCCCGGCGCCUCUGGCUCAUAGUCCUGCUCCUCUAGCUCCUUCGCCUCUUCUGUCUCCUCCUGCCCCGCCGACGUCUUCGCCGGAGCGUUCUCCGUCCAAAGCUCCUACCGCCGACUCUCAGAACAGCACCGCCGACAAAAACGAUGCAUACGUCGGAGUUCCAGCAUUUUUUACUGGUCUAGUCUCAGUGUCAGUUUCGUUAAUUGUUUCCACUCUUAUGUCCUAAAGUCGUGAUUUUGUUGUGUUUGCUUAAUUUAUUUCGUGACCGUUGGUUUUCCACUUUUUAUUUUAUUUUUGGCUGGAGUCAUGUAUUUUUAUUAGUGACAGCUUUUUAGAGAGGAUUUUCAUUUUAAUUUUGAUUUAUGUUCUCAAUUUAUCGGGGAGAUGAUGAAUUUGACAUUUAGUGUGAAUUUUUACCUUGCACAC